ACAACACGAAAACACUUGGUCUCCAUUGGUCGGAGGUGAAGAAAAAUCAGUGAGUUAAUGAGCUGCAGCUGUCGUGAGUAGGUGAUAAAUGACGUUCUGCCGCGUUUAGUCCAGGGACUUCUCAGGUUGUCGGCCCAGAUCCAAACAUGUUGCACCACCUGCUCUGCUCCGUCCUCUGUUCCUUUGCGGUGGCCUCCAUCAGGGUAGAACUCGACCACCAUUGGGAUCUUUGGAAAAAGACGCAUCAGAAAGAAUAUUCCUAUCAGGUUGAAGAGCUGGGCCGCAGGCGGAUCUGGGAGGAGAACCUAAAAAUGAUUAACAUCCACAACCUGGAAGCAUCCAUGGGUUUACACACCUACGAACUGGCCAUGAACCACUUAGGAGACAUGACUUCUGAGGAAAUAGCCAGCACGUUCUUGGGCACUGUGGUACCAACAGACCUGAAAAGAGUUCCGUCCAACUACAGCAAGAUCAGUUCUUUACCAUCAACGAUGGACUGGAGGAAAAAAGGCCUGGUUACUGAGGUUAAGAUGCAGGGUUCUUGUGGUUCUUGCUGGGCAUUCAGUGCAGUUGGAGCUCUGGAGGGGCAGCUGAAGAAGUCCACAGGAGUCCUGAUGUCCCUCAGUCCUCAGAAUCUGGUCGACUGCUCCAAAAGGUUUGGUAACCAAGGCUGUAACGGCGGCUUCAUGACCAACGCCUUCCUAUACGUCAUUAAAAACCCCGGCAUUGACUCUGAGGCUGCCUAUCCCUACACUGGCAAACCCGGUAAAUGCAUGUAUGACCCGCAGCAUCGUGCUGCCAACUGCUCCAGCUACGUCCUGCUGCCAGAGGGGGAUGAAGACGCAUUGAAAGACGCAUUGGUUAAAAUUGGUCCCAUUUCUGUUGCAAUUGAUGCGUCGAGGUCAAAGUUCGCCUUCUAUCGACACGGUGUCUACACUGACCGCAAAUGCAGCGACAAUGUGAACCACGGUGUCCUCGCUGUGGGUUAUGGCAAUGAGAGAGGGCGUGACUAUUGGCUAGUCAAGAACAGUUGGGGAAAACAUUACGGAGAAGACGGCUACAUCAAGAUGGCUCGCAACAAACACAACCAGUGUGGCAUCGCUCUCUAUGCUUGUUAUCCCCUGAUGUGAAGUUAAUGUGACUUUUUCUAGGAAUAUUUGUAAGUUUACAAAAUAAAAUGUGAUUUCUACCA